CAACCCGCCACUCCAAAAACAGAAUCCACGGGACAAAGAGUCUCAGCUAAUUAGCUGGAGCGGCCGUAAAGAACGGGGGCCGUGGAGGUCAAUAAGGCACCCCUUGCGUCGACUCGAGUUGGACCGCUCAACCCUCCCUCUCUCUCAGUCCCCGUCUUUCCCCCCUUUUCCCGUACUUCGUUCCCCCCUACUCCAUCACUGGUCUACAAUGCCCGGGGCAGCGCGGGGGAAAACCGAGGUGCCAGCUUCACGUUCCCUAUCCCCCCCCCCCCCCCCGAGUGAACAACUCAUUAUCAUUCGUCAGUCAGAGCGCUCUUCUUAUUUUUUAUGUAUUUUUUUUUAGAGUGAGUGUGUGUGUACCCCGUUCGGCAAUUUAUAGUGAACGAGUCGACCAGACCGCGGUAGGAUCGGGGUACGAGAGCACACCCGCCGGCAGGGACCCGUGAAACCACUCGCCCAUCGCAUUUAGCAAGCUGAGCUGAGUCGGUACGCACAACGCUACACAUACACACCACUACAAUCCGACCACACUCCCCGGCGCUGUACCUCCAUGACGUCACGAGCGGAACAUCUCUUGCACCCCUACGCAUGCUCAGAGAGGGGCACGGCUAAGUACCCUCCACGAAAAAACAAAGCCUUUGUCAGUCACCUCCGCCGUAUCGAUUGAGCCAGGGUCGGUACCGCAGUGUGCCGUCAGAGUUUGCUUUGCCCGUGUGCUCACUCUCUCUACCCCUUGUACGUACCGCUGGAUAUUACUCGACAACACUCCGUGGUCGCUCCAGCCCUUUACCGAUAUCCACGCACCACACGGCUACCCGCAGCACCCCGUUGUCGACCCAUCAGAGUUUCCCCUUCACGCGCUGGUCACCAAAAAAAAACACAAGGAUUUCACCGGUGAUUACAGCUGGUCGUCACCUCUGGAACAGACAAAAUCAAGACGGGCUGGGAGUUUUCUUAGGGGUGCUCCGACGCUGUGCCUUUGGACUUCAACAUAAGACAAGCGUAUUGGACUCGGCAAGUCAGCAUCCAAAAUGUGGAAGAGAGGUUUGAGACGUAAACCACACGCUAAGGCAACUGAGGACGAUGCUUCGUUAUCAAGUGCAGACACAGAAACUAGUGAGCCAAGCUACGCCUCAGAAUCAGCGCUCCACGCCCCCAGUAAUGAAGACACAGUCAGCAGACCAGACAGUGACAGAAUAACGCCCCAACCUCUAGACCUUAAGAAAGAAGAGAGUUCAGCGAAAAACAACAACACAAGACCGGGGUCGCCCGCACCAGAGGACGGCCAACGGAAAGCUCCGCACGAACCCGACACUCAGGUAAUGACAGAGACCCGCGCCCGCACGGCCCUAGGCCGGGCACCCCCUGAAUUAAAUCAGGAGGACAAAUCCCAGGCGGAGGAUGGCGAGGAGGAUGAGGAGGAGGAUGAGCGGGGUUAUAGUUCAGAGGUCAAAGGUUACAGCAGCGCUGGUGGCUAUGACCCGCAGCGAUACACAACCUCGUCCAACGGGUUCGGCUACAGUUCCCUGGUCGGCACGUCAGUCCACCCGCCACCGGAUGGGGCACGGGACACACCCGAGGAUCUCUCGGUGACAAAGGAUGACGAUGAUGAUGACGACGGUGAUGACGACAGUGAUAAACUCAACGAGACAACGCCCGGGGUCGACCCAGAGAGACUCAAGGCCUUCAACAUGUUCGUCCGCCUCUUCAUUGACGAGAAUCUCGACCGUAUGGUGCCCAUCUCCAAACAGCCUAAGGAGAAGAUUCAGGCCAUCAUCGAGGCCUGCUACCGACAGUUCCCCGAGUUCCACGAGCGAGCCCGCAAACGCAUCCGUACCUACCUCAAGUCUUGCCGCCGUAUGAAACGCCACCGUGAUCAGAACGGGCUUGACUCGGUACGCUCCCAAAAUACGAUGCGUCCGACACCCCCUCAUCUGACCUCGGCCAGAGCAGAGCAGAUCUUAGCAGCUGCUUGUGAGAGUGAGAGCGAGAACGCCAAGAGGUUAAGAAUGGAGCUCAUGCAAGCCGGACACACGCAGACUGAAACGCGGAUGGAGACAUCGCCCCAUCAGUCCCAGCCUACUCCGCCGUCCCGCGUCACGUACGAGGAGUCGCCCAAGCACGCCUCGCCACGGCCCGUGGACUACCGCUUUGCAAACGGCGUCAGCGCGCAUGACCCGUACUAUGGGAGUAUCGCCCCGCACCAACCACACAUGAUGCAGCCUUCUCAACAUGCACAGAUGUCCAACGGCCCGACGGACCUCAGUGUGAAAAAGUUGCCUUCAAAACCCCAGCUGAGCCCCACGGAAAUUGCCAACAUCCGACAGCUGAUCACCAGCUACCGCGAGUCGGCGGCGUUCCUGUACCGAUCGGCGGAGGAACUCGAACAGAUGCUCCUGCAGCUGAACUGAGAGUAGAGAGUCUCGGCGUGAGCCGUAGAGAGGAUGGAGUACGGGGAGGAGAUGAAACAACAAACGAGUCUGAUUGAGUCUGAGAAAACCCAAGCCAAGCUGAAAAAUUCCAGUUUUACGGAGUUACGGUUUGGUCCCGUUACGCCUUAUUAACGUUUCACUUUGCAUCUCGUAAGUUAACUUUCAUCAAUUUACUUCGUUUUGUGUUGUGAGCAGUCAUAUUUACAAGUAUACAAAACUAAUACAGCAAUCGCUGUUAGUGAAGUGGUGCCACAUUCACGCACAAGUUGCCUGCGUUCUUAGUUUAAGGUGCGACGCCGCGCAAAAAAAUUGGUGAAAGGAGCACAGAGUGUGCACGUACCACCUACGCGCACCUCAGUAAAAGGCUUCUAAUUUUAAUCAGAUAAGUCUUAUGUGUACACAUAGCUUUGGGCAGGGCAAAAUUCCAUAACUGGCCAUGACAAUCUUUGAGUGAGUAGAGACGUGUGGAGCUCACAGUGUUCACAAGAAAGUACACGUAGGACAACGGAAUAUUUAUACGUCAGGGUUUUUUUUGGUUUCAUUUUUUUUUCUUCUUUCUGUAACUCUUUCAACGUUUAAAGGUACAGAUCUUAUAAAAAUUUAUUCCGCGUAACAAACAGUAAGUUAUUGAUAUUAUAUUUACUAUUUAAAAAGCAUUGCUUUUUUUGUAUCAGCAUCGUUUGAGUUUUCAUUUUCUUGCCCAAAGAUUUAAAAAAAAAAAAAAUUAGCAUUUAAUUUUCCUCGCAGACGAGGAAUUUAGCACAGUUUUUUUUGGGUCAAAGUUAGUAUUUAAAUAAAUAUUCUAUUUAUGUUUAUAGCGUAUUGCUUUACUUGAGGUUUUUUGUUUUUGUUUUGUUUUGAGAUUUAAGUUGAACACAUGUUGUUUUGUGGUUUCACAGCUGCACUGAGUACUGCAUAUCUGUAGAUGUAUGGAGAAAAUAAUGAAAGAAAAUGCUAAAAAAUGACUGAAAAAAUCACACGAGUGCAAUAUGGUGGACAAAUCUAGUGAAAUGGAAUGAAAUUACUAUGGAAAACUUCAUUAAAUCGAUUGGGGUACCAAAGAAAUAGUCAUAUAACCCAACUUCAGCGCUAUUGUUUCUGAGCCAGUAUGAUUGCAUACAAAACAUGGUUAUCCACUGAAAAAAAAGUUCACAAUUUUCAGGCAUUAUUUUUUCAAUAUUUUCGGACAUCUUUAAAAUUCUUUUGUGGAUGUAUUUCUGCAAAAUCAGAUUAAAAAAAAAUGAAAAACAAAUUAAUCAAUUAAUCAAUAUAACUGCAUGUGGGAACUUAAGAAUUUUGGACACUGACAUUUAUCAUUCGUGAGGUAUUCUAUCAAAAUGUAUAGUGAAAAUUUCAUUACGAAACUAUGAAGGGAAAAAAAGCAUUUUGCCAACUUAGACUUGAAAGAUUUUCUUUAACAGUAAAAUUAACAACUCCAUAUACAUAAAUUUGGUUAUAAUUCUGAAAUUAUAUAUAAUUUGAUUUUGUUUCUCAAAAAGUUUGCCAUAAUUUAAGGGUUUUGAUCAGAUUAUUGUAUUUCUGUGUAUUUUGUGUAGGCAGUAACCUUUUGUUCAUAUACGCAAUGAGAAAUUACAAUGCACUGGCAUUUACUGGGAAAAUAUGUAGGACAGACCAUAUAACAUCUCAGCUUUUACAUUCUUGAUAGUAAUAUUUAUUUCACUUCACAUAUUUAUUAAAAAUAUUAUAAUCUUCCAGCACAACUCAAGAAGUCAGAAAAGUGGUUGAAUCUUGCAUAUUUUUUUUUUCUUGCAGUAUUACCAUAGCAUUAAUAUUAAGUAUUUAUUUUUUUGUUGCGGACUUUUUCCUUCUGUGCAAUACACAUAUAUACUGUUAUAGACUCAGGUGUUGGGUUGUCAUGGAAACGCCAUAGAAAAGUUAUCCAUGUUACAGGGCCGGCAGUUUGUGCAACAUGUUGACUGUGUUUUUCAACUGAGUUCCUGAAACAUGUAUAAAUACGUGUUUCAUAUAUUUGGUGUUGGAAAUGCAGUCAAAUUAAUACGGAGAACCGUUUUAGCUGGGAAAGCAAUGCCACAAAACGCGAAGCAUUAAAACGAUUUUCAACGCAGCUACAGCGGUUUCAAAUAUGUAGAUUAGGUCAUUUACAUUUUUUCUCUGUGACAUAACGCAAGAGUUCAAGAAAGAUUGUCCUAUUUUUUUGUCUGUGAGAGAGGUACUUGUAAAGAUUUGUACAGAUAACGACGACUUUAAGAAAAAAAACUCUUUGAUACAAUAAUUUUUUGGUCUUGUUGACUUUGAGAAUCACGCUAGUUUUCAAAGAAGCACAAAGGCACUAUUUUGUAAAGUAAUUUGUACGGUGUGCUGUAGGGAUGCAUGUUUGCAGAACGUGAUACUAUAAUUAUCAAUUUUGUAAAAAAAAAAGAAACAAAAGAGUGCAACACACGUUGUAAAUUGGUAUAUUUGGUCAGGUUUUUUGUUGUUGUUUUUUCUUAUCGAUGCUUUUAUGUUAUUUGAAUGUAUACAGUUCAAAAUCUCUUUCUGGUGUAGUUUCGAAACAUUAUACGACUCAUGUUACGAGAAAAGUCUUGGUAAAAAUUCGCCAUAAUUUGUCCGAAAACAUGCAGAUUUAAAAGUUAUACCCAAUUGUUGGCUGUUGUUGACACCUCUGAGUCCGUGUUUAACUUUUUAAGCUCUAAAAGAAGUUUGACAAAGACGAGACAAAAUAUACUUAAAGAUACAAAUGAAAAUCCUAACAAGCCAGUGGUUAUUUUGGGUCAUCUAUUUACAUUUAUACCUUAAUUAACCGUCCAGUAUGAUUGACAAAGUUGUCAUCAUUUAUUUAUGGUUGAAAGUAAUUUAACCCAAAAGAGACAAAAAAUUAUGAAAAUUUUGCACUAUGUUUACUAAAGCUUCAUUUUAUUUUGAAAAAUUGUUUAAUUCCCAUAAAUAUGUGACCAUACUAAGAAAAAUGUUGAGCUUUUUGUGGCCAGUUAAUAAUUUAACAAAUAAUAAAUAAAUUGUUGAAAAGAAAAUGAGAAGAAAAAAAUUUAAAUUGCCCAAGCAACCGUUUGCAGUUAUAAUUAUUCGUAAGUCCAAAGAAAAAAAGUGAAAUUUUUUCCUUGUAUAUGAAAUCAUUGUAGAUUUUUGAUGUUCAGACUCUAUAUGACUAUUGUAUUGUAAACUGUACAUUUAUUUCACAGCUCUUAAAAUUUAUGUUGAAAGGGGAUUUGUUUUUUUUUCUUGUUGGAAAAAGUUUAUAUCUCAGUAAGUUUUGUUCAGUUUAUUUUGUCUGUUUAUCAACUCAAGUCAACUUUUGAAAUUUCUAAGUUCAACUCUUCAGGAAAAAAAAAACGAAAAAAAAAAAAUUACAAGUUAGCCUUGCAUGUUCUCAAACAUUUUACCGUUUCCACUUUUUUGACAAUUUUGCUAUGACUUUUGUGGGGUUUUGUACAAAAUUUUAAAACAGAAUUACUACAGAUUUAAAGCGUUAAUUUUACGAAAAGAUUGUUACAGAAAGUCGUAGUAUUACAGAAACAGAAACUAGGGAGUGAUUUGGUUGUUUUUUUUUCCUUUCUUGGACAAACUAAUUUAUGUGAAUAUUUGUUAAUGAGGAGUUCUAUUUAUCGGUAACCUGUAGAAGAAGUUGGUCACGUUAUUUAUUUAAUAUAUUCAUUAUGCACAUUUCUUUGAGAAGAAUAUUUCACUUGAUAUUUGAACAUGGGUUUAUUAUUGUAAAGUCACUGAGAAUAAAAAAAAGUUGGUAUUAAA